UAGAAGUAGUCUGUGUAAUAUUGAGCGACGAUUGGGAGGCGAGACUAUUUUUAAUUUCGCAUUUUAAUAUUUAUAAUUAUUGGACUUGUACAUAAUUUUGGAAAUGUUAAUAUUAAAAGUGAUAAAUUAAUAAGUGCAUCGGACAGAAAUACAGUUUAUAAUAUUUUUCAAGCAUGUGAAGAAGAGAAAAUUCAAGUUGUAUGUGCUUAAUUUGUAUUAAUCACACUCAAAACUAUGGCUCAGUCAAAUUUUAGUGCCGUUGAUGAGUAUGGGUUUGAAAGACACGAAGAUUUUGACUACGCAAGCUAUGAAGAGUUCAUGUCUGUAUAUCUUAAGGUAUUGGCCUCGAGAGCGCAUAAAUGGUCUACAAUGCUUGGCGAAGGAAAGUCGGUCAAACGCACGAACACUAUUAAAAGAUACGUACGCAAAGGAAUACCAAGUGAACACCGCCCAUCAGUAUGGAUGGCAAUCUCAGAAGCAGACAAAAUGCGAGAUCUAGCUCCUGACCUGUAUCAUAAAAUCUUAGACAGCCCUUUUGAGAAGGAAUUAGUUGAUCUUGUGAAGACAGAUUUACCGCGGACAUUUCCAGAUAACAUUUAUUUCACUAAGGAGGCAAACCACCAAACACAUUUAUUUAAUGUGCUUAUUGCUUAUGCCCAUAAUAAUAGAGUUGUUGGUUAUUGUCAAGGAUUAAACUAUAUUGCUGGGCUAUUAUUGCUGGCUACAAAAAGUGAAGAAACUUCAUUCUGGCUGCUCAAAGUAUUAGUGGAAAAAAUACUUCCUGAUUACUACACAAAAACUAUGGACGGCCUCAUUGUUGACAUUGAAGUGUUAUCUGAAUUGGUAAAGUUCAAGGCACCUGAUGUACACCAACAUGUGAUUAACUUAGGUUUACCAUGGGCAGUUAUCACUACUAAGUGGUUUGUUUGUCUCUUUGCUGAAGUGUUACCAAUAGAGACAGUCCUCAGAAUUUGGGAUUGUCUAUUUUACGAGGGCUCAAAAAUUUUGUUCCGAGUUUGCAUUACAUUGAUCAAAACAAAUAAAGAGGCUAUUAUGGCAUGCAAUGACUUUACCUCUUUAGCCGAGUGUUUUAAAGCCAUUGUUAAAAAUGCAAGUGCAUUACACUGUCAUGAGUUUAUGCAGUCAAUAUUCAAAGUACCUGGAACACUUUCAAAUGCCACAAUUAUCAAAUUACGUGCUCGCUUCGCGAAGCAGCGCCGAGAGCAACAGCAGAAGGAGCCACCACGAUGAACAAAUUAAUAAACUUGAUCUCUAAAAGUACCAAAUGAUGUUCUAUUUAAUCUUUUGUAAAAAUUCGUCAUGACAGCAUGGCAAGGCCAUUAAUGAAUUUCAUUUUAAUUGAGAUUCUAAGCUUCUGUUGUGAAAUAAAGAUAUAAGACUUAACAUGACACUAAACUUUGUUACAUUUCUCUCAAUGUAGAAAAGAUUUCUAUCAGUUAUUACCUUUUUGGGUAUGCUUUUUUUUAUUAUAUACUAUAUUUGAUGGUACAUAUUGAUUUUGAAAGUUAUUUAGUCUUAUGUUAGGAUUAAUAAUUUAUUUUAAUUAUAUUUGAGUGAGACACAUUAUUUUUAAGCAAUAAAUAAGCAAAGCAUUAAUCAUUUGCUUAGCAUUUUUGUGGAAUUUAUAGAAGUGUAAAAACUUAAUUAAUAUUGUUUGAAAAAUUAUUUUAUGCCAUAAUUAUUGAAUCAUUCUAUUGGUUGAUUUUUACUUUUUGGAUAUUCAAUUAGUGCAGUUCUUAUAUAAAAAAAUAUUCUAAUUACAACUUUUUCGUGAAUACUAUACAUAUAUAAUUAUUAAAGCAAGCCAUAUGGCUGAUUUUAUAAAUUGUUAUAAUGAUUUUAGCAAAUGUUUUAUUCAAGCUUUGUAUAGUGUAUUACACUGGUUAUCAAAGAAAACAUUUAUCUUACAAGAUACUGAAGAAUUAUUAUAUAAUAAGGUUAAAUCCCAUCACUAAAAAAAUAUAAAAUCUUUUUCAGUUGUCCCACAAUAGUCAAUCAGUUCAUUAUAAAUGGUAUUGGUAUUGUAAUUGUGUACUUUUGAUGUGCUUUUUUGUCUUGUCACAAUUUAUUCAUGUCAAUGAUAGAUAAAUGUCAACUAAGGUUAUGAAAUUUCUAUAUGUACAGAUAUAUUUCAAAUAUAUAU